AUGAAAACGGUCGCUUUAAUUCUUUUGGUAGCCGCUUGCGCCUACGCCAAACCCGAAGCUGUUGAAUCUAGCACUGCUGCUAGCGUAGACAGCGUUAAAGCUGGUACUGACCUCUCAGUCUCCAGCACUGUUGCUCCACUCGUUAGUGGCGGUCUCGCUACUGGAGUCGAAGGUGGUCUCUUGUCCGCUGGUUUGGCUGGUGGACUCGUCGGUGAUGCUGUUUCUGCUGCUGGCCUCGGACUCGGAUCCGGAGUCGUCAGCGGUGGAGUCGUCGGCGGUGAUGUUGUCUCUGGCGGAGUUGUAGGAGACGCUGCCCUCGGUGGUGGUCUCGUCAGCGGUGGACUCGUCAGCGGAGGACUCGUCGGUGCCGGUCUCGGUGAUGGACUCGUUGGAGGUGGACUCGUCGGAGGUGGUCUCGUCAGCGGUGGAGUCGUCGGAGGUGGACUCGGUGGUGGACUCGUCGGUGGUGACCUCGGAGUUGUAGGAGGCGGUUUGGUUGGAGACUUGGGAUCCACCGUUGCCUACGACAGCGCUGCUGGACUUACCGGACUCGCUGGUGGACUCUCUGGUGGACUCUCUGGAGUUAGCGGUGUUUCUUACGGAUCUGGAUUCGGAUACGGAGUCGGAGUUGGAAGCGGAGUCGGUGUCGGAGUUUCUGCCCUCUCUGGACCAAUCCCAGUCAGCACUCAAGCCCUCGGAGCCGCCGGACCAGCUGUCCCAGUCCAACAAUACGAACUCGGUCACGCCAGACAAGUACAAACCGUUCAACACUUUGACGUCAACAACGUUGUCCCAGUCUCUGGAUACGCUGUCAAGAGAGAAAGAGUUAACGUCCCAGUCCGCAAAUACGUCAGAACCGAAAAAGUUGUUCCAUUGAAAUUCGAAUCCGUUCACCCAGUCCAAACCUACGAAAACUACGCCGUCCGUACCGCUGUCCCAGUCCAAAAAUACUCUGUCCAACGCCAAGAAGUCAACGUUCCAGUCCAAAAAUUGGUUAAAUCCCAAAGCGUUCAACAAUUCAGAGUUGACACCGUCACCCCAGUCAGAGAAGUACAAAGAUUCCAAGUCCAAAAAGUCGUCCCAGUCGUCACCCAACAAGUCAAAACCGAACAAGUCGAAGUCCCAGUACAAAAAUUCGUCAAGAACAGCCACGUCGUCCCAGUCACCGUCGAACGUGUCACCCCAGUCCAACACGUCCAAAGAGUCAGCGUACAACGUGUCGUCCCACACCAACACUACGAAUACAAAACGCACAACGUUAGAUUGCCAGUCCAAAAAUUGGUCAAAUCCCAAAAAGUCGCUCAAGUCAGAGUAUCUGCCGUCACCCCAGUCCCAGGAGUUGAAUCCCACGAAGUCAAACGUGUCGUCCCAGUCCAAUCUUACCAAGUUACCAGAAACCGUGUUGCUUUGCCAGUCAACACCUUCGAUGUUCAAGGAUCACUCCCAGUCAACACCGUCAACCUUAACGGUGGAGUCGGACUCGACGCUGGAGUCGGAGCUGGAUUUGGAUACGGAGUCGGAGUUGGAGCCGGAGUCGGUCUCGGUGCCGGAGUCGGUGUUUCUGGAUUCGAAUACUCUAGUGUAACUGCUGCCCCAGCUGUUUCUGGUGGAUUCGUUUCCACCACAUCUGCCCCACUCUUGUCCGGUGGAGUCUCUGAAUACUCUUCUGGAGUCGUCGGAAGCGGUCUCGUCGGAGGUGGCGUUCUCGGAGGCGGUCUCGUCGGAGGUGGCGUUCUCGGAGGUGGUCUCGUCAGCGGUGGAGUCGUCGGAGGUGCUUUGUCUAGCGGAGUCGUCGACGGAGGAGUCGUAGGAACUCUCCCAGUUUCCGGAGUCGUUGGUGCCGGACCAGAAGUUACCGUUGGAGGUGGUGUUCUCGGAGGUGGAGUCGUCGGAACCGGAGUUUCCGGUGGAUUCGGUGACUUUUCCUCUACCACCGUUGCCCCACUCGCCGGAGGUUUCUCCACCACCGUCGCCCCAUUCACCACCACCUCUUCCUCUUUCGGAAGCUCCUUCUCUUCCGGAUUCGGAAACUUGUACAAGAAAAAAUAA